UGACAACCAAACAAUAUGCCAGUUCUUUUCAAGGUAUAUGCUGUGGAUGUAGAGGUGAAAGAUGAUGAGAACGUGACGUGUCUAUAUGCCAAAUGGAUGAUGAACCUCUCAAUAACUUACGAGUCUGCAAUUAAUGAAUAUAAAAGCGUAGCUUUUAUGUUCCCUGAAAGCGUGAGGUAUGAUGGAAGCACAUGCGGCAAUGAAACCUACGGUCCGAUACUAGCCAUGGAGUUUGGCAAUGGUCACUUAUGGAGUAUCCAGUUCACUAAAACAGAGGCCACCUAUCAAGGGAGCAUCUCUUUCACUUACAAUACCAAUGAUACAGAGUUAUUUCCAGAUGCUAUAAGGAAAGGACCAGUCACGACCUCUGCAAGCUUUCCAGAGCAGCCAGUCCAACUGUAUACCAUUUUUAGAUGUCAUAAUAUGGAGCCUGUUGAAUCUGACAACGUUACCCACGAUCUCUGGAAUGUCACACUGCAGGCUUUUCUUGAAGAUGGCUCUCUAAGUAACCAAUGGACAGUGUGUGAGAACGACAUUGUCGUCACCGCUGUGACUCCUGCCCCGACCACCAGGCCUGUGACGGAAAACCCCACCACCUCUACGGUGCCUACAACCCCGUUACCUCCUUUACCCACUCUCUUGCCGGUGGAGGUACCAGCCACAGGAAAUUAUUCUCUUAUGAACGGUUCCACAGCCUGUCUUUUGGCAAACCUGGGCCUGCAGCUGAACAUCUCCCAACAGGUCCCUCUGAUUAUUAACUUUAAUCCGAAGACGACGGUUGCUUCUGGGUCCUGUGGUUCCACAACUUCUGUCCUGACGUUGAAAGAUGGGAGCUGCACAGUCGACUUCCUCUUUGCUGUCAAAGAUACAAGUUCUGACAGAUUUAGUCUGAAGGAAGUGAACAUCACUGUGGUUCAACCGAAAAAUGGGACUCUUUCUGCUGCAAAUCGCAGUCUUGAUUACUGGGAGACCACCCUGGGCAAUUCAUAUAUGUGCCGGAAAGAGGAAACUCUCGUAGUGACUUCUGGAUACAGAAUGAAUGUUUUUGACCUAAAGAUCCAGCCGUUUGAUGUACAAGAUAACGAGUAUGCCACAGCGCAAGAGUGCUUGCUGGACGAUGACACCGUUCUAAUCCCCAUUGUAGUUGGCGCCGCUCUUGCGGGGUUGAUUGUCAUUAUAGUGAUUGCUUACGUAAUUGGCCGAAGAAAAAGCUAUGCCGGCUAUCAAACCCUGUAAAUGUUGCCUGGCUGUUCUCUUCGGCUCUGGUUGUGAUAAAGGAAGUGCAACAUCCCCAGGUGGAAACGAGGCACCUAAAAUUCACGGUUCUCUCUUCUUAAGAGUGUGGAGUUGCCCCAAACUAAAAGGUGACCAAGGACGUACCUCUUCAAAUAAGGACUGAUUAAGUACACUGGAACAGACUAAUGGCAAAACUAGCGUGUGACGUUCAUCUUCUAAACAUUUGUAUGGAGACGUGAUGUGUGGAAACACGUCUGUAUGGAGGCACCUCUCUAAGUCAGCCACAGUCAGAAAAAGAAGUUCAUAUUUUGACGCAUCUGUGGGAGUAGCGCAACUUGGGAAAUCUGGGCUCUGUACUCAUGGGCUGGUCCUUUCCGUUGUUAACAACUCAAGUGUAAGCUUUGGAAGUGGUGGGACAGUGGCAGGCCACGUCAGUAGCAUUCAUCCAGGUCACGGCAUGGAGCGAUGAAUAUCUGGCGAUGGCCAGUUGGACCCAAGCAAGCCUAACACAGGACAAGAGUGUGUUACAAGCAUUUCUUUACUCUUUCCAUGGCAACUGCGACUUUUUUGUAAACCCUAAAUGUCCUCUGAUGCUCCAUGGGUUACGGUAGACAGCAGGCACCUAAUCUUGUAGGCAGGUGGAGACUUAAUUAAUGGAUCCACAAAGGGAAAGUAAAGGACUCUUCUAUUCAUCUUCUAUUAAUUUUUCUUCUCUUGUCUUUGAAAAGAAGAGCAACUCACUGUUUUUUUAAGUGCCCUUAACUAGUCCAGUAAAUGCCUGUCAUUCUGCAGAUCCUUUCCAGCUACUGAUGGGAUCUUUUUAAUUUUGUUCAUACUACUUUGAGCACAAAAGAAGACAAGAGUUGAAAGUCACCUGUUGAUUCUGGGGCCUAACAUGUUAUAGCCACGUGUUGUUCCUCCAUGAGCUUUGGUGGGUUGCUACACUUGGAGGAAGCUGCUUCUUGCAGCACGUAGAGGCAGGCCGUCUGAUUUGGCAUUGGAUUCCCACGAUAUAUCUUGGCAGCAGUUGGUGGCAGAUGCAAAACAAUGCUACUCAACUCCCACUUUACUUCAGAAAGGGAUUGGGCUCCUCAGAGAUAGUUGAAACCUGCAGCGCCUGAUGCGCCACACGUGGGAAUGGCCUCAAAAGAACAAGCCGUCUCUUCUGAGAUUCAAACUGGUCUUGCUAAGAACUGGAGUGUGUGUUGUGUGCUCUACUCUUAAAUGAUUUGCUGCAAUCUAAAAUUUCACUUAAAUCAAGAAAUUUCCUAUAGCCACCAGAAAACAUCCUUUAUACCUUAUUUUGAGAAUGAAAAUAACAAGGUGGUCACCUGCACGCUGCAUUUAUUUACUUGCUCUUCUGAAAUUAUGGGUUGCUCGUCGUUCAGAUUCACUCUUGCAAACACACCCUUCUAGUAAACAAAUUUCUCAACUUAAUGAUUUGAUGCUGUGUGUCUGUGUUAACAUGUGCCAGCUUACUGUAAUUGUCCACACCAUGCUAUCAUGAUGAUUGUGGCCGCCACAGCUGCCCCAAAGUCACAAAGAGACAAAUUCCUGAAGACCCCAUCAAGUGUACAUCUUCGUUUCGAAGGCAGAGAAAUGCCUCUGAGCUUCUUAACUUAAAACCUUUGCAACAGCUUCAAAGUAACUGGCUUGUGUGAACACUUGGAACUUUAAUGUCUGCUUUUAACCUGUUGAAGCCACGCUCUUUCCUGUAAUUGUAUUUCUACAUUCUCACUUGAUUGUUUUGUCUGCAAAAAAAAAAAGCUUUAAUAAAGACUUUACUAUUCACAAG